CUUCUUUUCUCUUCUCAUCUUAUCUUUUUCUGGGUUUUGCCACGCAACGGAAUCCUAUAUAAAGGCGGACUGUUCUUCCGUCUUAGCUUACCUUUCGUCUUAUCCUUCCUUCCACCUACACAAAACGUCCAGUCACCCCAUCUCGAUACCUUCACUAGUCGCAGAACCAACUUCGACUCGAACUCUGGACGUCUUUCUCGAUGGAGACCAAGUCACGUCUUCUCGCACUCCCCACGGAGAUGCGCCUCGCAAUUUGGGCCGCCGUGGGUGAACAGGAGAACUUCUCCAACCUCCUCCAAGUCAGCAAGCAAAUCCGGUCCGAGGUCCUGCAUGGAAUACCCGGCGGUUCCCUAUCGUGCCGCUGCUCUUCCUUGGACAUCGACUCUUCCUCCUUCAACAAGUGCCGGUAUUCCUUCCCGGUAGACCAGUUGACCAUCAUCGUGGAUUCAUCCUGCUCAGAGCAGUCAUGGCUCACAUUCAGCGUGCGGGUAUGCCAUGGCCGGGGAUCCUCAACAUGGACCGUCAAGAACCUGCGCUCGAGCCUGGCCAGGAAUCUCAUCCACUACAAGCCCCGCGGGGUCGUGGUCGAGUUCCGUGCCCCAAAAAAGGGAUACUAUCUCGCGGCAUUCAUAAUCCUCCGCGCGAAGCUGGAUAACGUCGCCCUCGUGCUCGGAUGGAUCAGGCCGCAGGCGAACAUGUCACUUCGGAUACGAUUUGCCGAUCCGUGGUCCGAGAACGAGAAGCGACCGGCAAAGCCAUUCUGGGAAAAUUGCCCGCUCGGCCGGGAACGACAUCGAUACCCCAGGUGGGACAGACGUUUCCCCUACUUCUACGAGUUCCUCAUGACACCCCUGAUAUGCAACUGGGCCUGGCGGAACGCCACGGUUGUGUUUGACCGAGAACCUCGACGGAAAUCCACGUCCUUUGUCUCAGGCUACCUGGGCAACGGCCAGAAGAGGGUUCAUUAUCACGGCUACAAGGAGCUUAUACUGGCGAAUUGGGGCACCUGCCAUGAAUUGAUCCCCGAAGAGAGGAGAAUGGAGUCGCCACGGCAGAAGAAGCACCUCAAAUUCGACAACUAUGAAGUCUACUCCAGAGACUGGGCCAGUUAUUCCUACGCUGAUCAUUCGACUUGGGCGUCGGCGUUUUCACACUAUUACGACACGUUGGACAAUGUCUACCGAGAAGCCCACUACAUAUUGGGCCGUGUUUCUGCGUCAGGCAGGGCGGAGGAACUUCUUUCCUUCAUACCCCCUGAAAGGUACCGGAGAAACAAAUAUCUCAUGUGGGGUGAGAACGUUGAGGACGAGUGGAAUGAGUGGGCUUCUUGGCCAUUUUUGCCUUGGCCUCACACUUGGGCGAUUGGAUUUUGGGAUCACUUGUUCUGCUAA